AGUAGUUAUGCAGGUAACUACAUUUUUACCAUCAAAUUUAUUUACCAUCAUAUUUUACUAAAUUAUUAACCAUCAGGUCUGUAAUGAUAAUUUUGCUGCAAUUUACAAUAAGCAUCAAACCCAGGUUUCAAGGUUUCUAUGUUUCAGCAUCACAUUUUUUAAAGUACUGACAUUUAGUUUAUUUUUAUUUGUAUAGUGCGAGUAAAAAUAGACUUUAGAUGUAGGUUUGGAUUUAAUGCUGAACAGAUUUAUGAACUGAAGUUAAAUAUAAAAAGUCACUGUAUUUUGUCAUGUUUUGGAUUAUUAGACUCUAUUAUGAGUUACUUACAGGAGAACGAAAGAACUGCAGUGGACACAAUUAUGGACAUCAAUGACUAUGAAGUGGAUGUAAAAGAUGGAGUGAAACUCAGAGAGGGAGAUAUUGCCGUCUCCAGCAGAACUGAGAAAAGUUGUUUCGCCCAAAGCUGUUUAUGGUCCAAAUCUGUAGAUGGGCAUGUUUACAUCGCAUACACACUCUCACCUGAGUACACUGAAGUGGAUCGCCGAACUAUAAAACAAGGGAUGAAUCUGAUUGAGAGAAACACGUGUGUGCGCUUUGUACCCAGAACACACCAGAGAGACUUCCUGGACAUUCAGCCUAAAACUGGGUGUUGGUCAUAUUUGGGGUCCAGCGGCGGCAGACAGACUCUCUCUUUACAAAGUCCAGAGUGUGUGAGCUCUGGAGUUGUUUCUCAUCAGCUCAUGCAUGUGCUUGGAUUUGUACAUGAACAGUCACGUGCUGAUCGUGAUAAAUACAUCACCAUCAAGUGGUCAAAAAUUCAGAAAGAUCAUGUAAGGAACUUUGAGAAGUUUAAGAUGAACAACAUAGACAUGCCUUAUGACUACGGCUCCAUCAUGCACUUUGGAAAGUACGCCUACUCUGAAAACGGUGAUCCUACCAUUGUUCCAAAACGAAGCUGGAACAUUAAACUGGGACAGCGAUUUGGUCCAAGUAAAAUUGAUGUUAUGAAAAUCAAUAAACUCUAUGAAUGUGCUUAGUAUUGUAAUUAAAUCUAUAUGAUAAAAACAAUGUAAACAUUUACAGCA